AUGCAGCUCAAGUCUAUCGUCGCCGCCGCCCUCUUCGGUGCCGCCUCUGCGGUCGAGGUCAUCCCCGUCCUCGUCGGUAUGAACGCCAACGGUACCGCCGGAACCUUCUUCUCGCCCGACAAGGUCACCGCCCCCGUCGGCUCCAUGGUCCAGUUCCAGUUCAUGGGAGGAAACCACACCGUCACCCAGUCCACCUUCGACCAGCCCUGCACUCCCAUCUCGGCCAUUAACGCUUCUGCCGUCGGUGUCAACACUGGCUACGUCCCCGCCAUGAACGCCAUGCAGUCUGGUCAGAUCCCCGUCUACAGCAUCAUGAUCAACGACACCCGCCCCAUCUGGCUCUACUGCGCCCAGGGCCGUCACUGCCAGAGCGGUAUGGUCAUGGUCAUCAACGAGAACACCGCCGCCAACAGCUCUCGCUCCAUCGAGAACCACCGCACCCUCGCCGCCACCGUCCAGCAGGCCACCCUCCCCAGCGGUGUUCCCGGAAACAACAACGGCGGCCAGACCGGAGACAACACCCAGGACAACAACAACAACGGCAACGUUCCCGGUGCUGCUGCCGACAUCAGGGUACCCGCUGCCCUCCUCGCGGUCGCUGCCGGUGCUGCCAUGUUCCUGUAA